ACGGGUACGAGCGGAAGCCAUGUUUGUUGUUCUUCCUUCUGUUUCCGAGACGUUCAGGGUCUAAACGGGUUCGCCAGCCGUGUCUGCAUGUCUCUACCAAUUCCCUCUAUAAAUCGUCUUCUACUGCUCCCGAAUGAAGAUUAACAGGUAUGCCAAAGGAAAAAUAUGAUCCUCCAGAUCCCCGCAGAUGUUACACCAUCAUGUCAGCCGAGGAGGCGGCCAAUGGGAAGAAGUCUUACUGGGCCGAGCUCGAGAUAUCUGGGCGGGUAAGGAGCCUGAGCACCUCGUUAUGGACGCUCACCCACCUGACGGCACUGCACAUCAACGACAACAACCUGACCCGCAUCCCACCGGACAUCGCCAAGCUGCCCAACCUGGUCUACCUGAACCUAUCAUCUAAUAAGCUCCGCAGCCUGCCCGCCGAACUGGGCAACAUGGUCUCUCUCAGGGAAUUGCUUUUAAACAACAAUCUUUUACGAGUUCUGCCUUAUGAACUUGGGAGGCUUUUCCAGUUACAAACCCUGGGUCUAAAAGGAAACCCUUUGUCCCAAGACAUCCUCAAUCUGUACCAGGAGCCGGACGGAACCAGAAAGCUUUUGAACUACAUGCUCGACAAUCUAGCAGUGCACCCAGAGCAGCUCCCCCAAAGACCUUGGAUCACUCUGAAAGAGCGAGACCAAAUGACUCCCACAGCCGUGUUCACGGUCAUGUGCUACAACGUGCUGUGUGACAAGUACGCCACGCGACAGCUGUACGGCUACUGUCCAUCCUGGGCCCUCAACUGGGAGUACCGGAAGAAAGGCAUCAUGGAGGAAAUCACCAACUGUGACGCUGACAUCAUCAGCCUGCAGGAGGUGGAGACGGAGCAGUACUACACUUUGUUUCUGGAAACGCUAAAGGAGCGCGGCUACGAUGGCUACUUCUGUCCAAAGUCUCGUGCCAAGCUGGUUUCUGAACAGGAGAGGAAACACGUGGACGGCUGCGCUGUGUUCUUCAAGACCGAGAAGUUUACUUUGGUCCAGAAACACACUGUGGAGUUCAACCAGGUGGCCAUGGCCAACUCUGAGGGCUCAGAGGUCAUGCUGAACAGAGUGAUGACCAAAGACAACAUCGGGGUGGCCGUGCUGCUCGAGGUCAACAAGGACAUGUUCUCCGAUGGCAUGAAGCCACUACAGGAGAGGCAGCUGAUCCUGGUGGCCAACGCCCACAUGCACUGGGACCCCGAGUACUCGGACGUCAAGUUGAUCCAAACCAUGAUGUUCCUGUCGGAGCUGAAGAGCAUCGCUGAGAGGGCCUCGGGCUCCGUGGCGACCAGUUCACCAACCUCCGACCCAUCCUCCAUCCCCAUCGUCCUGUGUGCUGACCUCAACUCGCUGCCCGACUCCGGUGUGGUGGAAUACCUGAGCAACGGAGGAGUGGCCGAGAACCACAAGGACUUCAAGGAGCUACGCUACAAUGAAUGUCUGACCAACUUCAACUGCAACGGCAAGAACGGCAAUUCAGACGGAAGCAUCACACACAGCUUCCAGCUGAAGAGCGCCUACGACAGAAAUCUGAUGCCUUACACCAACUACACAUAUGACUUUAAGGGCGUGAUCGACUACAUCUUCUUCUCCAAGACCCACAUGAGUGUCCUGGGCCUGCUGGGACCGCUGGACAGCCAGUGGCUCAUCGACAACAACAUCACCGGCUGUCCCCACCCCCACAUCCCCUCGGACCACUUCUCCCUGCUGGCCCAGCUGGAGCUGCAGCCUCCCCUGCCCCAUCCGCUCAACCCCCUCAACGGGCUGCACCUGCCGGUCCACAGGUAGUGCAGCCCGAGAGAGCCCCACCCACCCUUCUUACCCCACCUUCAAACACUGUCCUCCCCCCCCUCCAGCUUUAUACAGGACCCUGUACAGUUUGCCGAUCAUGUUAAAGCUCAGACACCAUCCGACACCUCCAACCCUAAGACAGACCUACCCAAAAGGAGUGAAGUAUUCGCCCGUUUGUUGCUCCUUUUUGUGUUUUUGCACACUGUAAAUGUUUUAUUUUAUUUUUUCUUUCUCCCCUUGAAAAGGCUUGAUACCAAAUGUUGGGCUUGGGAUGAAGUUGCUAUGGUAACCCCCAAUGUCAGUAGUUUUUUUUUGCCUUAGAUAUGAUAAUGGUCGCUUGUUCAUUCUGCUCCUACAACAACAAACCUUAACUAAUACUAUCAACUUUUUAAAGAUAAAUCUACUACACAAAUGUCAGCAGAUGAGCUGAAUAUCAUUUGGGGUUUUUUUCUCAUUUCACACAGCUGUGAAAUAAUCUUUUUAGAGUAAAAACACAACAUAAUAUUAAUGCUGCAGCACAACAUGUAUGUUGUCACAGUCUAUAGAACUGGAACUUGCUAUCACUCCCAAAUUAUUACAGGUAUUUUAAUAAACGGAGUAACACUACAAACCAUUGAAUCGAAUUUAGGAAUGUUUUACGAGGAUGUGAAAGGUCCAUAUUUUCAAUUCUGAUCAGCCGUGAAACACCAAAAUACAUGUGAGAAAAUACCUGCGAUUUUUAAAAUAUAUAAAUAAAAAGUACUGAUUGGCCGUUUUAAAAGUAAUGUAACGUCACUGUAGCACUAAAUUGGUGUGUUUCAUAUGGAAACUAGAAUAUGAAAUCAUCUCAUGUCUCAGCUGCGGGUCACAUAACAGCACUGAUAAUAUUGAUGACAGAUUUUUUUAAGGGGGCUUUCAGAUUGACACUUGCAUUGUGGAAAAUAAUGGAAUGAAAAGGGUGUCGCCUGACUCGUCCUUCUUGCCAGGGAGCAACUCUCAACCUGAAAGCCGCCUCACAGUGCUGCGUGACUGUUACCGAGAUGUUCAUCUCGGCCGAUUCAUGCUCACUGUAGUUUAAAAGAUGCAACUCGUGAGUUUUCUGCAGCACUAUCAAGUAAUAAAACAAUCACUUUAGACCAAAUGAGUCCUCAAAUCCCAAAUAUUUGUAAGCAUCGCAACCAAAUUAGCCCCAUACUCUUUGACUUGCUUUAAAGAAUAUUUUAACACAUGAAAUAUAUUUGUAACACAAUCCUGUCAUUGACAAACAAUGCGCUUUACACUUUUAGCUUUUGAAGUCGUGCUUUUGAACACCUACGGUCUUAAAAGAGUAUCGUCCUGUUUCCCAUCACCUGACUGGCCAAAGAAUCUCCCCAGAAUGAGUGACUUAUGCUCUGUCAAUAAUAAGAUAAUAUUUAUUUAUUGGUGCCAGAGAAAAAAACUUCCUGAGAAGAAUCUGCUAAUGAUUCGUGACCAGGAGCCGAAUGUAUUUACCAAAGGCUCACUAUGAAAUUGGUUGUUGGAGCCUCUUAAUGCCAGAUUCCUGUGGACUCUAAACUUUGUAUGUUUGUGUCAGAUGAUUAGAACUAAUAGCCCUUUAUGUAAGUUGUAACUCAGGGCUAUGCUAUGCAUCCAGCAGUACCUCUUAAACUCUCAGACUCUCAGAGUCGCAUCGUACAAGCAAAACCAAACAGGAAGCUAUUGUUCUGCAAAUCCUUUAUAAGCACAGGUAAUGUAUGUACUUACAUACAUAUAUGUUGUUGUUGUAGAAGUCCCGCGUCUUUGUGCAUUUUUGAUAAAACUGCUGCUGCACUUUUGCUCCAUUCCCAAAAAGAAUAACUUGGGAAAAUCAAAUUUGUCAAAUUUUUGAGUCGUCAGAAGGUGCAAAAAGCAUUCAAAUAAAUUUGGUUUAGAGACACUUUGGAGUUUUAAAACAUCAUAAUUUGGUUUUGUUUGGCUUUUAAGAGAGGCUCAAGUAUCAAUGUGGAAACGACAGGAUAAAUGAAUGCAGAGGUUGGACUGGGUAUCAAUACUUGCGCCAAUAUGAUACACUACCUGAGUUUCAGUACCAAUCCAAAAUUUUGACUUUUUAAAAAAAUAUUUUGAGAAAUUCUAAAAUGAAAUUCUAGAAAACCACCUUUUUCCUUUACAAAAGGGGCCAAACUUCUCAACAGUUUAAUGGCAUUUAAACCAGUGGCUCCAAACCUUGGGACCCCACACAAGGGAUCAUGACAUAAUUAACAGGCCCCUAGGAACCACUGGGGGCCUGUUAACAUUCAAUGCCAACUUUCAGUACUUCAGACAUUUUUCGAUAUUUAGUGCAACAGACACAUUUUGAUUGGUACAAAAAAGAAUAUUGAGGAUUGAUAGCCAGCCCUAUCUAUGCAGGGGACUCUAUAAUAGUUGCCUGCACAUGCAUUCACAGUGUUUAACAUAUCUGGCACAUUUCCCACUGUAGCGUCUAGUAAACCCUGACUUUUGGAGAUUGAAGUAGUUAAAUUAGUCAAAGCAUUUGCUCUGUUCAGUAUUUGAAAAGAAAAGCCAUAAUUUUGGGAUUUUGCGUCAGCACAACACGGCACCCUGUAACCUCAGCUUUAAACUGCAGUCAGAUCAGUUUUACCGGCCUGGACAGGCAGUAUCGGCUUUGCUUCAUUUGCGCAUGAUUUGACGCUAACGCUAUUGGAUACACCUCCAGUUUUGGUGGAGUUGAUGAAGUCUAUCUUUGUGAGCAUUUUGAGGCCUAUACUUCACUCCUAAACUCACCUCACUGGGUUUUCUGAUUUUGUACAACAGCUGUACAUAAAUUAAAUUGCCCUUGAUGACGGGGCGUCUUUCACAUCUGUGAGGGGAAUGUACCUUUCUCCGAUAAAGGGGCGUAUUUUUUCUCACAAAUCUAAGAUGUACUUGUUGUACUUUUUUUCUUUACCCGGUGCACUAAAAUCUCAUAUGUGAAUACAGUACCACCUCCACCUGUCUCUCUUGUAGAGACAAAACGUCUCUGUCCAACUUUGUUUUUGAACUACGGGCAUUUUCUGUCUCUAACUAACAUGCAGUCUUUCAAUUGGUACUUUGUACAAUUCAGUAUUACCAAGUUUUUGAGAAAAAAAGAUAAAUGUUCUAGGUUUAAAAGCAGUUUGUCUUGAUGGCUUUUAUUUCUCCAGUGCACAUCUAAGUGUCCGUUCAAAGCUUUUCACGCUCUGAGAUGAUGCUUAAUCAAAAUUAUUUUGGUUUAUUCCUCUUUCUACUUGAUGUUUCACAAAAAUGGUUUUCCAGAUCCCUUUCAUAUCUCUCUUCACACACAUCAUCCAACAUCCACAGCCACUUCUUUUACUUUUUCCACAAUAAUAUCCAGCCAAUCACUACCUACAAGCAUUUGACCUGUUAAUUUUGUCUCUGUAGAGUGCACCUCACAUACUUUUUCUACAAACAACGUGCCUAGUUUGUACAAUAUCUCCAACAGCAGCACUGCCCAUGAGACCAAGACGCUCAGAGAUUACCCAGCGCCAUCAUCCAGCCAUCCAUCCAUCCUUUCAUCCCUCCAAUCCUUCCUGAACCAACCUUUAGGGAUGAGAUCAUGAGGAAUUGAAACUGAGGAAUCAUUGCUCACCUCAGACAGUUUUUUUUUUUUUUUUUUAGUCCAACAGCUUUUUUGUAUCCAUAACAUCGAGGACAAAUCAGUCAUUUCUACCAGAUAUCUGAAAUGCACACUCUCACUUGUUUGCGGUUUCCCUGGUGACUUUUUUUUUUUGUUGCAGUUUUUCUCUGCAAAGAGGUUGCUGUAUCUUUCACAGGAUUAUCACGGCCAUCACUGCAUGUGAUUUCUGAAUGUAAAACUUCUGUUGUUCAGUAUCUGGGCCUAGUUUGUUUUAGUUUUGUUUUUGUUUUUUUCUUCAUUCAAGCUGAUUUUACAGCAAUGUGGUCGCUUCAUGAGGUUAUUAGUCUUUGGCGGCCAAUAAGACGCCCAGCUGCGUUCACCGGAGAAAAUGAUGAUUAUCUGACAAAGCAUUUAGCAUUUGGAUGAACAUGUUUGUUGUCUUAAAUCUGCAUUUGCAAGUUGAAUUUGAUGGCCUCCAACUAGGCCAGGUCGCUGCAUCCAAACCGGGAAAGGAAACUGUGGAAAUAUUUUCUUCCCAGUGUAUUAACCUGUAAAUAAUGAUGUGGAAAAGGAAUUCAAAAACACAACAAACUCCAAAUAAGUCUGAUGAAAAUGAGAUUAUGCACAAUUCAAAUUGAGUCAAUACAACCUUUUAAAAUGCAUGGCAUUCUUUGUUAAUUUACAAUACUGACCACAGGUUAAUGCACUGGUAAAUUUGCUGAGGCCAUUAUAAAAUGAGUAAUACCAUAAGAUUUGGACUACAAAGGGGAAAGGCAGCAACUUCAGUGUCAAAACACUUUCAAAAGUCUUACCCGUCAGUUGGUUUGACGGUUGAAAAACAACUUUCAGUUUCCUGUCUUUCCUUCAAAAUUGUAAUUGGCAUCUGUCAUCUUAGAGUGACAAGAACAAACAAUGCAAGGCUGUUACUGCUGUUAUUUUCUUCCUAGAAAGUAUUUUAUAGUUGCUGCCUUUCAGCAACUUUCAGCAGAUUUGAUCUAUUUAUGUGUAGUAAGUGAAGUGAAACUGGGUGAGGAUCCUCAGCCACCAGCAGUCACCAACAAAGGUGCUACAUUAUUUCUCAAGAGGAUUUUAAAGAACUGCACUUAAACCUGUAAUAUGUAAUAACAGUAUUAAGUUUCUGUUACCAGAUUACAGACAAGUAGCUCUUCACCACAUUGGUUUUCAAUCCCACCAGCCUCCACCGCAGACAGGAGGGAGCAGCCAGUGAGCAUUUGGUUGGAAGGAAAACUUUGUGGUGGAGAGCUGCUAAAAUUAGACAAAGCUGGUUUUGUAUUGUGGAAGCCAAAGCAGUUAAACAAUUAAAUGUCAAAGAUGCAAAACUGCAGCAACACAAGUUACUGUUUGCCUGCGAUGACAAGUGGAAGUUUGUCAUAUAGGUGGCAACAUAGGUGGCAGUGGUGACUUUGUUGUUUUCCUCUGAUAAAAAAAUACAGAUCUAUCCUUUGUAGAGGUCCUGUUUACAUACUUACUAAUCUGAGUUACAGCGCACAUGGGAGGUGUAAAAUCAAAGUGGAAUUUUAAUCCCCCACCCACUCCCAAAAAGAAAGAACGUGCAUAAAUGAAUAAAUAGAUAAAUGAAAAGAUUUAAAAUCAGCGAAAGGCAUUAAAUGAUCUUGUUAGUUUCUUUUUUUUUUGAAAGGUAUUACAACUUUACAAAAAACAGGAUGACAUAUAUAUAACUUAAAAAUAGGAAUGACUACAGGACCUGUCAUCGAUGUUGAAGGAAGAUCUCCUGCUCUAAUUUGGGGAAUUUUCAUGCUUUCAUAUGAAAGAUUUGAAAGAUUGCAUGCUCCCCUGUGAAUUGAUAAAGUUUUUAUAAUAAUAUUAUUAUUUAUAUCACACCUUUCUCAAAGGGGAACCCUGAUUUUACAUAUGAAGUUCAGAUUACUUGUCAGGAAGAGAACUACUCGGUGUGAAGCAGCUCUAUAAUGUCAUCUCUCAAGAUUACCGUGCAAUGCUAUGGUCACCUUAGCUCAUGCCUAGAGACUGUAAAUGUUUAACAGAAAGCCUGCGUUACAAACUGGAGGUGUGGGAUGUGGAACAAGUUAGGGGGUCUAAUGAAAGACGCUAUUGAGCUGCAAUUUGGAAAUUGUAGGAUCAAUUGUUUUUGCAGCUUGACCCAUGCUAGCGACUGCAAGUCAGGAUAUCUCGGCCUCUGCUGCUGAGAUUUUGACCAUCUUUUUGUAUUCUCUUGUGAGUGCCCCAACUUUAUGGAGAUACUAAAUGACUGAAGUAGACCUUUACCAAAGUUAGGAAGUGUUUUACAAGGAAAAGAAGCAAUACAAUCAAAUCAAGCAAAUGCAAAUAAAAACAAAUAAUGAGAUACUUUUUAAUAAAUUCAAUUCAAUUUCAUUAGUUUUCAGCCAGUUUGAAGCAGGAUGUUUUUCCUCAGUUCCCCAAAAAGCUGACAUUUGGGGAACUGGUUUUCAGGUUUUCAUCCAGCCUCUGUGGUUCCUGGGGGCCCAAAGAAGGCAUCAGUCAUUACUUGGCUCAACACUCUUGUAUGUAUAGAAAGAAUUUUUUGCCAUAUUGAAGCAGUGAUAUUUACAUGAAUGAAUGGAGGACUUCUACAAAGGCUACAGCUGUAUUUAAUAUGUGAGCAGUUACACCUCAGUUGAAACCAAACAUGCUCAACAGCACUUGUGUCAUCUCUCCAUACAAAGCCCUGACUCUCCCCACCUCCUGUAGGCAAUAAACUUAAUUUUUCAAGA